GAAACAGAGCAUCCAACUAGCUGAGGAAACCAGAGAGAACGCACCUUCAUAUAAGUUUGGAGAAAUUCAAAAAGGAAAUAGUGAAAAUGUCUGAUGUCUUGACUAUGGAAGAUUUUGAAGGCAUGGAACAGAGUAAUCAUAAUUUGAGUUCUUUUGAGAUACUCUUACAAGUUGUCUCUGUUGCUGCAAAAAAGUAUGAUUUGGCCGAUAUUAACAAUGAAAAUAUUGAGCCCAACUUGAGUAGAAAUAAUGUGUAUUGUAAAAGGGCUCAAACAGAGCUGGUCAAAGAAAAGAUGAAGCCUCUAAAAUUUGUGAUAAGGAGACGACACAAUGAGGAUCAAAAUCUCAUCUACUACGCCAUUAAAGACCCCUCAAUGAUACAUGAUGCAAAAAGAAAGUCUGAUGAUUUGAUUGAAGCAAAAGGAAGCCAAAAAUUGCAAGAGUCGGUGAUCAACAACUCUUCAAGAAAGACUGAUACACUAAAGAGAAAAUUGGAAAAAACUAUAAGCAACAACGAGUGGAUUGAGGCUAUGGAAAUGAAGAGAAAGAAGAACAACAAGAAGCAGGGUAGCCACCAAAAUCCACCACCACCGUACUUGUUGAAGGAAUUUGAAAGAAAGAUCAUAGAUGAAUAUGGCGGAACAAGAAUCACGAGAGUCAUACAAAAGUCCUUAUCUAGUACUGAUGUAAGCAAAGGACAUAGUCGGGUCACAAUUCCGUGCAGCCAAGUUGAAAGCUUCAGGUUCUUGGAUGAUAAUGAGAUGACACAGUUAAGGUUUGGGCAAUCCAUUACAGUGCCUUUGAUUCACACACCAAGAAGAAAUGGGGUGGCUCUUCCUCUUAUAGAAACAUCAAUGGAGUUUGGACAGUGGGAUUUGCAUAAAGAUAAGAAUGAUCUACAGAAAGUAAGUUAUCAGUAUGUUUUGAGAACUAACUGGAAUACAAUAGUUUUAAGAGAUGAACUUCAACAAAGUGACACUGUUCAGAUUUGGGCAUUCCGUGAUGUUCAAAACAAGCUUUGUAUGGCACUUAUCAAGCUUUGA